CCCCGGCGGCCAUCUUGAAGGCCCGGGAGGCGGCGCCGCGCAGGACGGAGCGGAAGUGCUCGGCUGUGUCUUCCCGGACCGAGCGAAGCGCCGGCGCGGCCGCCACUCGCGUCCUCCUUCCCGCGGCCCUCGGGAGACCGCGCUCGGCCGCAGUGGACCGCGAGGGCACGUGCUUUAAAGGAACAGCCAGGUUUUUCUAACGUUCAUCUUAAUGCGUCAGCUCAAGGAGAAGCGUUUUAAAGCAUGUCAGAAGGUGACAGUGUGGGAGAUUCCGUCCACGGGAAACCUUCUAUGGUGUACAGAUUCUUCACAAGACUUGGACAGAUCUAUCAGUCCUGGCUGGACAAGUCUACGCCAUACACGGCUGUGCGAUGGGUGGUGACGCUGGGCCUGAGCUUCGUCUACAUGAUCCGAGUUUACCUGCUGCAGGGUUGGUACAUCGUGACCUACGCCUUGGGAAUCUACCAUCUAAAUCUCUUCAUAGCUUUCCUUUCUCCAAAAGUGGAUCCUUCCUUAAUGGAAGAUUCAGACGAUGGCCCCUCGUUACCAACCAAACAGAAUGAGGAGUUCCGGCCCUUCAUUCGAAGGCUCCCAGAGUUUAAGUUUUGGCACGCGGCGACCAAGGGCGUCCUGGUGGCCAUGGUGUGCACCUUCUUUGAGGCGUUCAACGUCCCGGUGUUCUGGCCCAUCCUGGUGAUGUACUUCAUCAUGCUUUUCUGUAUCACGAUGAAGAGGCAAAUAAAGCACAUGAUCAAGUACCGGUACAUCCCGUUCACGCACGGCAAGAGGACGUACAAGGGGAAGGAGGACGUGGGCAAGACGUUCGCCAGCUAGACGCGGCCGCCCUCCGCGGGCCCUGGACGGCCGCAAGCUGCUGUGACGCCGUCUCCUUUCCUCACAUAAAGUAGUUGAUUACAAGGGAGUUAUUUUCUUUUUAAAAAGGAGCUUCAAUUAUUUGUAACUGAAAUAUCAGGUUCUUGAAGAAACUGGCAUUUAAACCGAAUCGCGUUGAUUUAUUUUCCAGUGCUGGUCAGGCGUCCAGACGCUGGCCUUGCGGAGCGCAGGCCGGGCGGACAGCCGUGUGGGCUGGGGGGCGGGCGCGGGGGGCCGGGCCCACGGAAGGAGCCAGGACGCCAGCUGCUGCCUCCCAGGACGCUCGCCGUGGCCCCGGAGGACGCUCGCCUGUCCGUCCGGCGCGUGGAGGAGGUUCUGCAGCAACUCCGGGCUCCAGUGCCAGUUUCCGAAUUUCAUCUCGCUAGAGAUGUGUUGAGUUGGCCUCGAUCAUAAUGACUCAAAACUUCAUUCUUAACUACCGUGAUUGCUUCUGAGGGCCUGGAAUUAUAAAUAUAUAUAUUUUAAUUGUUUGA